GAACUGUCAUGGCGGCAAGUGACGACCUGGAAUCCACAAAAGAAUUCCCGUUAAUUGCUGUUUGGUAAGACUGUGUCAAGUUGUCACCGUGCAGCUAUGGCGACUGCGGCAGGGGUUGACGACACCGCUAACGUACACAAGAAGGCACGUAGACUUCAAGAGUUAUUCCGUGGUCGAUUCUCCGAGAGCGAAGCCGUGCACAUUAUCGAAAACAGAAAUGGCGACCUGUUGAGUGCUGUUGAUUUCGUUAUGCAAGGGAGUCCAGAAGAGGUGAGACAGCUGCUUCAUGGUCGCGAUGAGAAUUUUGUCCGAGACUUGCGGAGGGACAGUGUGAUAGUGGGGACUGCUUUAAACCUGAACAUCCCAUUCUCAGUGCGGCAGUUUGCCUGUGGGCCGUGUGACCAGUCCUGGUGGAUGAAGGUACCGAGCAGGAAAGAGGUAGCGACAUGUCAUAGAUGCAGAACGAAGUAUGAGCCAGUACCACGGGAUCGUGAAUGGGGUUGGGCCGAGUUCCGUUGUGUGUGUGGUAAUACCUUUGGGGGCUUUGCUCAGAUGGGUGUUGCCAGCAACUGCUAUCGUUGCAACGUCAAGUGCCCCCCUAAGCGAAUUCUACCGCCGACCAAGCGAACGAAACCGCGGUCGAAUGCACAACACAGCUGUGACGCGCCUGACUGCUUCAGCCACAGACUGGCGAUGAUGGGACCAGGAGGGUUGAAUCGGGGUAGAGGUGCCAGGUGGACUGGUGUUCAAUCUCCGUACGCCCUGCGUGGCCAGAUCCGGUGCUGUCACCCGCGGUCUCUGCGAGAGAGUGGGAAGCGAGUCCUGUACCCGAGCCAGCGUCACCACAGCACGGGCUCCACGGUGCGCACGUUCCUCACGCAGGACGACCUCAUCUCGGUGACGGGGAGCUUCGUCAGCACCCUCACAGACAUCAACGAGGACGAUGGGUCGGGGGAGUCUAACGUGGCCAACAGCGAGGGCGAAGGUUGAUAAGAGGACGUUGUCAACGUAUAUACGUUUACCCGUAGUUCUUCCCACAGGGAACGUCUUAUUUCAUACUAUGAAAUUUACUACAAAUUGUUUAUUUCUGAGUGGAUUGUUUUUUUAAUUGCACACAAAAAUAGUAUUUUUUUAUUAUUUCCAAAACACUUUCACUUUUCUUCAAACCAAAUUCAAAUUAUUUACACACACACAAAAAAAGAAAUUUUUGUAGGAGGAUUGAAUGGACUAUAGAGUACUUUGGAAAGCUGGGUCGGGACGUAGCCGAGUGGUAAAGUGUUCAUCUAAUGCGCGGUCGGUCUAUGAUCGAUCCCCGUCGUGGGCCCACAGUAAACCUAACAAUAUCCAUGCUUGAUGAACAGUACCCAGAGACAUUAUGGACACAGGUAUGCACCGACGGUUCUGCAACAAAUGCUGUGAAAAAUGGAGGGGCUGGGAUAUACAUCAAGGACCCAACUGAAAAUCGGGAGGAGGCACAUAUUUCUACAGGGAAACACUGCACAAACUAUGUUGCAGAGGUUGAGGCUCUCAUUCAUGCUGCCAACAUCAUCAGCACUAGAGAGGAAAACUGCCAACAAGCUAUCUUCAUGACAGAUGCCACCGGCCUCGGUGGCGUCGUGGUUAG